AUCAAAAUAAAACAACUCUUAUGAACUUGACAUAAUCAAAAUUUUGUUUAUUUAAAAUGUUAAAGUUUUACUUUUCAUGUUUAAACCUUUAAUUUACAUGAAUUGGUUUUCUGUGCAUUAGGGGUCUAAUUUCACUUUUGUUUUGUUUUCGGGUUUUUGUUUUGUUUUGUUUUGUUUUUUCGAGACAGGGUUGUUGAGACAGGGUUUCUCUGUGUAGCCCUGGCUGUCCUAGAACUCUCGCUGUAAACUAGGCUGGCCUUGAACUCUGCCUCUGGAGUGCUGGGAUUAAAGGCAGGUGCCACCACUGCCCAGUCAAUUUCACUUCUUUUCCCAGUGUUUACCUGACUUUGUAGCAGUUUGUCAAAGAGCAUCUCCUCCCAUCUCCCCAAAGGCAACACGUCCUUUGACAAACCAGACUUAUGUAUGUGCUGGCCAGUUUUAUGUCAAUUCCCUGUUGCAGGCUUUCUCUAUACAUUUGUCUUCCUUAGAAAUAGUUUGGUCAUCACAUUCUGGUAGCUAAUCAGGCUUCUGUUUUCCGUAGGUUUGAAUAUUUUAUGAGAAAAUGGGGGGGGUGCAGCUCAUCUGCUCUUUGCCCUUUUAUCAGGGUACAAUUUGUAAAAGGCUCAGGUUUCAGAUUGAGCCCGUUCCCAGCAACCACAACCCUCCGGGUAAAGGACAAAUUGUAGUACAAAAAUGGAACCUUUACAAUCCAGCAAGCGUUGGAGAUUAUGUUAAAUGUGGAGUACUGUGGGUCAAGCCCAUUUUACAGAUGAGGACAGGCCAGUUCUCAGUGUCAUUAUGGCUCUGUGUGGUUGGUGGUUACUUCAGCCUAGCCCUUCUCCCUGCUUUUUAAGACCAUGCCCUCGAUCUCUCCAUCUGCUUUCCGUUGCUGAUUCUCUAUCGCCUGCUAUUUGAUUCUAUGAAGAAACACAGACUUGGAGAAGGAUGUGACAUAGCCUUGGUCACACCGUGGGUCCAGCAGUCAAGGCCCCUGCACCUCCCUCGUUCCUGCCUUUCUCCAGUCCUGCGACUACCCAGACUCUGACUCCACUGACAACCUGGCAAGCUCUCCUGAGUCUUCUGUUGUCAGGGAUCGGGCCGCAGCUCAGCAUCCACCGCCGCCUGCACUAGGGGGCGCUAGGGACCACUAAGGGGCGCGCGGAGCUGCCAACCACCCAGCUCACCCUCCCGGCGCCCCGUCCCCUUCGGCUGCGGCUCCGCCCCUACCGGCGCCCCGCCCCGUCCGGCGCGGCCUCGCUUUCUCCGUUUUCCAGGAGCCCAGGACCCCCCAGCCCACGGACUCGCCAGCUCUUCGCUCCGACCAUGGGCCCUGCCGAUCGACCCGCGCUGAGAUCGCCACCGUCGCCGCCACCUCCUCCAUCGCCGCCGUCGCCGCUGCUACUGCUGCUGCCCCUGCUGCCUCUGUGGUUGGGCCUGGCGGGGCCCGGGGCCGCGGCGGACGGCAGCGAGCCGGCGGCCCGGGCGGGACGGGGCGGAGCCCGCGCCGUGCGAGUAGACGUGAAGCUGCCGCGGCAAGACGCCCUGGUUUUCGAGGGCGUCAGGAUAGGUCCUGAAGCCGGUUCCGAGCCGCUGCUGGGCGGUCGCUUGCUGCUGAUGGAUGUCGUGGAUGCUGAACAAGAGAUACCUGUAGACAGCUGGAUUGCAGUGGCAUAUGUGGGCAAAGAGCAGGCUGCCCAGUUCCACCAGGACAAUCAAGGCAGUGGCCGGAAGGCAUAUCCCAAGGCUCUGGUCCAGCAGAUGCGCCGUGCCCUCUUCCUGGGAGCCUCGGCCCUGCUUCUCCUCAUCCUAAACCACAGUGUGGUCCGAGAGUUGGACAUCUCCCAGCUUCUGCUCAGGCCAGUAAUUGUCCUCCAUUACUCUGCCAAUGUCACCAAGCUGCUGGAGGCACUUCUGCAGAGGACCCAGGCUACUGCUGAGAUCACCAGUCGAGAGUCCCUGUCCGCCAACAUCGAGUGGAAGCUGACAUUGUGGACUACCUGUGGCCUCUCCAAGGACAGCUAUGGCGGCUGGCAGGACCUGGUGUGCCUGGGAGGUGGUCAGGCCCAGGAGCAGAAGCCCCUGCAGCAGCUAUGGAAUGCCAUCUUGCUUGUGGCCAUGCUCUUGUGCACAGGCCUUGUGGUUCAGGCCCAGCGGCAGGCAUCAAGACAAAACCAGCAGGAUCCUGGAGGCCAGGGGGAUUUGUUCAAACGCCGUGUGGUUCGGAGACUAGCGUCCCUCAAGACCCGGCGCUGCCGGCUGAGCAGAGCAGCACACAGCCUUCCAGAGCCUGGCACUGAGACUUGUGCUGUGUGUCUAGACAACUUCUGUAACAAGCAGUGGCUCCGGGUACUGCCCUGCAAGCAUGAGUUCCACCGAGACUGUGUGGACCCCUGGCUGAUGCUACAGCAGACCUGCCCACUGUGCAAGUUCAAUGUCCUGGGGAACCACUACUCAGAUGACUAACUGCCCAAGUGGAGAGUCUGCACUUUGGGAUGGACUCUUCCCAGCCUCCACUACAGGAUACUGGGUUGGACAGACCAGCUAGCCCUGUGGGCAAAGUCAAGGCCUCACCGUACCCAUGAUGGGUAGGAGGGACUCAGCCCCGGGCUGAAGACACAGAGCCAGGACCCAACAGGCAAGGAGAAAUAUUAAAGCCCUUCUCUGCAACCCUGGGAUAUUUGUGUCUGCCCUUAUAGGCAGCUCCCAGGACUCUGGGGAAAGAAAACAUGGCCACUACAUCUGUCUCCAGCUUCUGGGGCUUCUGUGAUUGAAUUUUAUGCUAUUUAUUGGGGGAUAGAUUGAGGAAAAAGAUUUGUGGCCAUGGGACCCACUGGCAUGGCCCCAUCUUUGAGGCUAUUGCCUAGUCAAAUCAAAGGUGUAACGUUCAAAUGAGCCUCCUCUACUACCUGCUGCCUGUCUAGCCGGAUGACUCCAGUCUGGCGGAUCAGAGGCCUUAGAAACCAUCUAGUGCUCUAUUUCUUGGUUGAGCUAAAUGUCACUGACCAGGAUACUUGAAGCCACAGAAUAUAUGUGGUGCAUCUGCCAAGGGCGUCAUUUAAAAAAACAUUUGGGUAGGGAAGUUUUAAUAGUAAAAUAAACAUGGAAUAUAUUUUAACAUAAGACAUAAAAUCUGUGCAGAUGUUUUAAGAUGUUAAGCAAUAGAUGGGUAUGUGGUUGCAUAUGAAUAAUCCCAGAAACCUGAAGGUAGAGGCAGGAGGACUAAGAGCUCAAGGCCAGUGGGCCUCUCAGUGGUGUACUCCUUUAGUCCCAGUACUGGGGAGGCAGAGGCAGCCAGAUGGAUCUCUGUGAGUUCAAGGCCAGCCUGGUCUACAGAGUGAGUGGCAGGACAACAAAGGAUACACAGAGAAACCCUGUCUCAAAAAAAUUAAAUAAAUAAAAUAAAAACAAAAAUAAAUAAGUAAAUAAAUAAAUUAGAAACAAAACAAAACAAAAAGUUCAAGGCCGAACUGGGCUACUAAGAAAACCAUUGGAUCAUGAGUUCAAAAUCAACCUCGGCUAUACAGUGAGUUUGAUAUCAGCCUGGGCUCCUGCCAAAAACAACCAAACAAAAUAGCAGUCACCAGUCACCUUGGCUUCUCUUGCUUGGAGCAGGGAGAACUCUUACAGUCCUCAAAGCUUCACACCCUUCUGCUGCAUGAACACACCUUGUGUAAUCUUUAGGACCUGACUCUAAGAAGUUUCUGUUACACGACCUUCAGGUGAGACCUUCAGGCGAGGGCACUGGUAGAGCACUUACUUGCCUGAAAUGCACAAGGUCCUGAAUCCAGUUCCCAACACGAACAGGAACAAGAAAAUGAGAAAAGCUUCUGGUCAGCACGAGUCCAAGGAAAGCAGGAGCAAGUCAGAGACCGAGGGGACUCCGUGUGGGAGACACAUUCUCUGCUGUGCACGCUCUCUCAACCGGGUCUAGAUAUACCCCUUGCUGUCCCGAAGCUUGCUUGCUAUGUAGACCAGGCUGAUCUCAAACUCAGAGAUCCGUGAGCACCACCACUUGGCUCUGCUGCCUUCUUCAAGGUGGGUGGUGCAAAUAAGAGGCCAGGCAAGAGCAGCAUGGCUAUGGGGACACCUCAGCUCCACAGCCUAAGCCUGAGGAUCAAGCUCUGCCCCAGCCAGAGCUUGUAAGGACUCUUCAGCAGAGCCAUCUAAAGGAGACACAAACAACCUGGACUUCUGGACUUUUUGCUUGUUUCUUGUUCUCUUGUCUAUCCGUCUGUCUGUCUGUCUGAGUCAGGUCCUCCCUAUAUAGCAUUAACUAGCCUCAAACUCUCAGUCCUCCUGUUUGGGAAGGGUCUGGCUUACCAACUGGUAGAAGUGGGAGCUAAGAAAUGGAUGUUGAGUCAGUGGAGACCUGGAACGCCCAGCAGUAACGGCCUCUCCCCAGUACAGUGGCUCAGAGCAUCCAGUCUCCUCCAGACACCCUGGGCUGUUAGAGACAGAGUCAAGAGACCUGACAAUGCCAGCUUACUGCGCAUGCGGCUCUCAUUGACCCUUCACUGCAAACUAAGGCAGUCGACCUGAUGGCCUCCCCACCACAUAAUAAAUAAUGCCACCCAGAAGGCUUGGAGAGUGACCUGAGAAGUCCUGUGACUUGAGGCAGGCUGAUGGCCCGCUCUAGAGAAAUGACCACUGUGUCAUAGGAUGGUUGGUCCAGCCUUGCUCAGGCUUGUGUCAUCCUGAGCUCAUCAAACCAUGGUUGGCUAAGGUGUCCAAAGGCCUGGUCUUCCCUUCAGUGGCUUUGUGAGGCUCUGACCUCUAGGACUUAAGCGGGACCUCUCAGUUGUCCCUAAAGGCAGUGAGCUCCUUGGUGAGCUGCAGAGCCAAGAUGGAAGGUGACGGCACUGCUGUUCCCUGCCUCCCUUGAUGGGCCAGAGGCAAAGUCCUGGUGUCUGGUUCCUUGUUCCAGAUGUGCCCUCACAUCCCAAGCCCUACCCUGAGUGCUGCUCAGUGACCCAGGGUUACCCCUCUGCAUACUCUCCCCACAGUGCCUGUCAAGAUG